CUGUUGUACAAGAAAGAGUUUUAUUUCUCUUUGUGGCUGCUGCGAGAUAAUACAUCAACAGCCCGUGACCUUCUUUAGCUAGUUUGUCCAAAACAAAGUUACUAAACUGUUAAACCCAACCAAACCUGCGAACGCACUUUGUUUGCUAGCUAGCUAAGCGAAGUACUCCCCAUCCACAGUACCAAUGAGACGAAAAGAAAAACCCAGAUAAAAGGGUGAAUCAUCUCAUCCUGAAGAAAAGAAAUGGCUUACUCACAGAUCCGGCUGAAAAUUCUCCCCAGCGCUCGCUGUCUCUUUGACAGACUGGUGCAGGUGAAAGUGGAGGGACUCGCUCCGUUCAAACCAGUAGAACUAAGGUCCAAACUUGUUGACGACAGAGGGGUGAUCUUCAAGGCCUCCGCCCUGUACCAAGCAGAUGAUGCUGGCCAGGUGGACGUUUGCCGCGCACCUUCUCUGGGAGGGAGCUACACCGGCGUGGAGCCCAUGGGUCUGUUUUGGUCCAUGGCUCCAGACACGGCACACAGUAAGCUCCUGAAGAGGAACGUGCUCAGCCCGACACUGGUGGAGAUGGCCGCAGUGAGUCGGGAGACCGGUGAGCUAUUAAUCUCCGAAACUGUCGAGAGGGGAUACAUGACGGAAGGGAUGAAGAGAGUCCCUGUGCGAGAGGGCAGAAUACGAGGAGUCCUCUUCAUACCACCGGGAAAGGGUCCCUUCCCUGGGAUUGUGGAUUUGUACACUUUAGGUGGAGGUCUUAGUGAACCCAGAGCCUGCCUCUUGGCAAAUAAGGGUUUUGUUGUUUUGGCGCUGGCCUAUUAUGGCUACCAGGAUUUACCUAAAAACCCCAAAAACCUUGAUUUGGAGUACUUUGAAGAAGCUGUAACAUAUCUGAGGAGUCAGCCAGAGGUUAAAGGUCCCGGGGUUGGCAUCAUAUCGAUCUCUCACAGUGGAGCUCUGGCCUUGUCCAUGUCAUCGCUCUUAGAGGGGAUCACAGCAACCGUCUGUAUCAAUGGCUGCAGUGCAAACUGUGUGAUUCCCCUCCACUAUAAAGACAUUGUAAUACCUCCGCUCCAUCCUACCGUGGAAAAUGUUAAAAUAUCGGACUCUGGGCUUAUAAAUAUACGCGACGUCUUAUCAGGCGCUACCUUGGAAAAGAACCGGGCGUCUUUGAUUCCAAUCGAACGCGCGAGUUGCCGGUUCCUGUUUGCGGUCGCCGAGGAUGACCAAAACUGGAACAGCGCCUUAUUUGCACAGCAGGCUGCCGCAACCCUGAGGCUUCACGGCAAGGCGUCGUUCCAGGUGGUCGCUUAUCCGAAAGCGGGACACUUCUUGGAGGUCCCUCACAUGCCGCAUUGUCCGUCUGGCUUUCAUGCGGCGGUGGGCGGCGUCGUGCUGUUUGGUGGGGAGCCAAAAGCCCACUCUGUGGCUCAGCUGGACCUGUGGGAAAGAGUCCAAGAGUUCUUCAAGAGCCACUUGGACAACGAGAGCACUUGUUAGCAAGGGGAUUGUUGUGGGGGGCGAACUACAGUCGAGUCCAUAAGUGUUUGGACAAUGACUCACUUCACAAUUCUGCCUCCGUACGCAACCACAAUGGAUUUGGAAUGAAGCCGUCAGGAUGGGGUUGAAGUAUUUGGACAAUUGACUGAUAACCUGUGUCAUGGACAGGUGUGGCCUGUUCUUUCAUGAAAAAAGUUAAACAUAAAAAGCCUGGAGUAGGUUACAUUUGAAUUUGUUAGGUUGCUCAUGGGAACUCUCAACGUGCCUGCUCUCAGACCUGCGCUUAAGUCCAGACAUUUUCCUGAAUGUGAAAAUAACACAUGACUGCAAGUUUUUGCUCUGACUAUUUUCUGGAACUACUCCUGCCAGACCCGCGGCAAAAUUUCGGAAAAUUGGUUCUGGACGAGGCCGGAUGCUGCUCCACUGAUGACGACUAGAGUGAAUGAUCAUUUCCAUGGUGAAGAAAAACCUCCUUCAGAGCAUCUAUCCAGGUCAAGAUAGCUAACAAGGAGGUUGGUGGUAUCAUUAUCAAAGUCUCCAAUUAGGGUGAAACGUCUUUGUGAGUGUAACUACGAAGAGCUUACCCUUGGUUGCAAACCACUACCACUCAAGAACAGAAAUGUCUGAUCGGACGAAAACGAUUCUUUGGACAGAAGAGACCAAGAGUGUUCUUGAUCCAAAGCAUUGAAUAUUUGGUUUGUAUAGGUAAUAAUUUAAUAUUUAAUACGACUGACUUUUCAUUUAGUAUGAUAUAUUUUUUUAUUCAUGAUGAAUAUUGAUAUCAGAAAGCUGUUUAUUUUAUUAUUACUAAUAAAACUUGAUUGAUUUCCUCCACAUUGCCCAUGUCUUGGUAUAAGAAAUCAAAUAAAAGCCUUUUAACU